UGACCUGCAUCGCCUGCAUCGUGGACACUACACUGCGGACUCAGCCGUGUCAACGUGAUGGGGUUUUGACAGUUACCCCAGCUCCUGACUUAGCCAGCUUCUCGGUUUGGCUGCGCCGAGGGAACGCUAAUGGCCGUAGCGCGCAUCAAUCAUUUGGCUUGACAGGUGGUUGCUAACAAGCCACCUCCGCGCCUGCGCAAAGAAGUUUGAUAUGUUGCGUGCGAUGGUAUGGGUAGGCCGCGUGUAGUGCGUACUGCCAAAGAACAAGCUGCUCACGAGGCCCAACUUCGGCACCGCAGGAGUCAGCGUGACCGAGAGCGGCGGGCGGCACGAACCAGCGAGGAGCGGGCUGAGGAGGCGGCCCGCAAGCGGCGGGCUCGAGCGCAAAGCCCCCCAAAUCGCGAAGCGAUUAAUGCGGCACAACGACGGAGAUACCACGCUCGGAAGGCCGACACUUGCAGUGUUCCAAUCAGUGCGAAGCGAUUGCAUGGGAACCGACUGGCCUCCUUAGAUCAACGCAUUGCUGAAGAGACAGUGAAGACGUCCAAAUCGACAGGACUGACAAAAGUGAUGAGCCUAGGCAUCGCUGUUGCCGAAGCGUCAUGCCACACUCCUCUCGAGGUUGGUCAGGUCAAUGCUGCUAUGCAGUGCAGCUUGCCUGUGGCUGACAAGUCUGUCGGAUGCUCCUUCAAAGCAGGAAGCGAGUCGAGGAGCUCGCAAACUACACAGACUGUGCAUCAGUCCAGCUCCACAUCAGCAUCAAGGCCUUUUAUAUCUCCGUCAACAGCUGAGGGUGACAACUCACACCAGGGGCUCCGCCACCGCUGUCACCUCUGUGACUAUGAGACCGAUAAGGGUUAUCUGCUGAAAUUACACACCAGGGUCCAUACUGGCGAACGUCCAUUUCAAUGUGAUUUUUGCCCUCGAAGUUUCGCAGUAAGGUACAAGCUGAAGAUACACCUGCGCACCCACACAGGCGAGAAGCCAUUUCAGUGCCCUUCAUGUCCUCGGAGUUUCUCGCAUAAGCUCAGCUUGCGAAGGCAUGUGCCCAUCCACACAGGUGAGAAGCCAUUUCAGUGCCCCUCGUGCCCGGAGAGCUUCUCACAAAGGUACAAACUGAACAAACACUUGCACACCCACUCAGGCCAGAAGCCAUUUGACUGCCAUUUAUGCCCUCAGAGCUUCUCGUGCGAGUAUAACAUGAAGCGACACCUACGCACCCACAUAGGCGAGAAGUCAUUUCAGUGCCCAUUGUGCCCUCAGAACUUCCCACAGAACUCCAAGCUGAAGGAACACCUGCGCACCCACACAGGCGAGAAGCCAUUUCAGUGCCCUUCAUGCCCUCAGAGGUUCUCGCAUAAGUUCAGCUUGCGGAGACACCUGCUCAUCCACACAGCAUCAAGGCCUUCUAAAUCUCCAUCAACAGCUGAGGGUGACAACUCACGCCAGGGGCUCCGCCACCGCUGCCACCUCUGUGACUAUGAGACUGAUAAGGGUUAUCUGCUGAAAUUACACACCAGGGUACAUACUGGCGAACGUCCAUUUAAAUGUGAUUUUUGCCCUCGGAGUUUCGCAGUAAGGUACAAACUGAAGAUACACCUGCGCACCCACACAGGCGAGAAGCCAUUUCAGUGCCCUUCAUGUCCUCGGAGGUUCUCGCACAAGCUCAGCUUACGGAGACAUGUGCCCAUCCACACAGGUGAGAAGCCAUUUCAGUGCCCCUCGUGCCCGGAGAGCUUCUCACAAAGGUACAAACUGAACAAACACUUGCACACCCACUCAGGCCAGAAGUCAUUUGACUGCCAUUUAUGCCCUCAGAGCUUCUCGUGCGAGUAUAACAUGAAGCGACACCUGCGCACCCACAUAGGCAAGAAGUCAUUUCAGUGCCCAUUGUGCCCUCAGAACUUCCCACAGAACUCCAAGCUGAAGGAACACCUGCGCACCCACACAGCAAUGGCCGAGGGUGACAGCUCAGAGUCGGGACACCGCUUCCGCUGUCACUUUUGUGACUAUGAGACUGACAAGACUUCUCAUCGGGAUGCACACAUCAGGGUCCAUACUGGCGAGCGGCCAUUUAAGUGCCAUCUUUGCCCUCGGAGCUACAAACAACGGAUCAACCUCACCAUACACGAGCGCAGUCACACGGGCGAGAAGCCUUUUCAGUGCCCUUCAUGCCCUAAGAGAUUUUCAUAUAAGCCCCUACUUAAGAAACACAUGAACAUCCACACGGGUGAGCGGCCAUUUCAGUGCCCAUCUUGCCCUCAGACCUUCUCGCUGAAGUAUACCAUGACGCAACACCUACGCGUUCAUACAGGUGACUUACCGUACUGCUGCGAAAUGUGCUCCAAGUCCUUUAUGAGGGCUGAUUACUUGAGGAAACAUAAUAGAAAAUACCAUGAUACCCUAAAGUAGUUUCACAGCCGUGUUGAACUAGAGUGAAUUAGGCAUUUAUAUUCACGUGAAGCGUGCUGAAUGGUGUUCUCCUGCAUCAGGUAGCACAAGUGUCACCAUAUGCUUUCAAAUGUUCAACUGCCAAGUCACUUCAAAUGAUGUUCCAGGCUGAUCUAGAAACUUUCAGGGACAUUUGUAGUAAUAAAAUUGUAGUGGAUUACAGUGUCCAUGUUCAUAGUAUAUUCUUUCAUGCAAAGGCACAACAACGAAAUGCGCACUCCUCAGAUAUACCUUAUCUAUUCAAAUCUAGGCUGAUAGUUUUUUCAAAUGAUCAUAUACCAAACUCUAAGGUCGGCUUAGAUUCGAGGAUAUUAAAAAACGCGCCAGUUCUUAACUGAAAUUGAUAAAUAUGGUGCAUAGCUAGCACCGUCUAGAAAAGUCAUUAUCGCAGCCGCUCUAGCCGUGCCAGUAGCCAACUAAGUACACGAGUGACAUCGCCAGUUUGACCUGUGUCAUAUCGGUAGUAUUGGUAUGAUAUCGUAUCGGCAUGCAGUGUGGCUUUAUUGUAAUGGCACCAAGCAGGUGAUGCCACUAUAGUACCGCUUUCAAACGAAAAGUUGUGCUAGCCAUGGAGGCAUCGUCAAACAUUCAAGCAGGGCGGGACUUUGGCAUCGAUGAGAAAACGUACAACCUUGGAGGGGGCAACGGGAGAUACUUCUUGCAUGCGCUGCACCGAGGAGGGCAUUUACCCAGAAACUUUGAUUGUGCACUGCUUCAAAAAGUGCAGCUCUAAUGCGCUUGAUGGUACUGAAUAUAAUGCGCUGUUUGAAGAUGACAGCGAUAAGGAAGAUAGCGACGAGGUUAGCAGUGAUGAUGAUGUAGAAUGAGCUCGGCAUGUUCGUAUUCAAUAAAUGCUGUUUUCAUUUUGUGAA